AGCACGCAGGAUGUGGGGGGGAAAAGAGGACUUCUUCCCAAGUGGGGCUGUCCUGAGAGAGCUGCUGAUGUGAUCUGAAGUGGCACUCAUGCUGAGGUUUUCACUUGCAGAGAAUGUAGCCCAAUUAGAUUUAUUGCUAAUCCAUCAUAAGGAGAGCGCAGGCAAAACUUGCUGCAGGACAGAGCUGCAUGUUUGUUCUUUCUUCCUUUUUUUUAUUAUUAUUUUUUUCUCAUCAAGAGCUUCAGGCCUGUUUUAACUGCUGCCUACUUUAAGGAUGUGACAGUGCGAACUUUGGAGACACUCUGGGCAAAACAGGUUUUGGUGGAGAUUCAUGGCAAAAUGCAGAGUCGUAGUGGGUGACCAAAAGCAAUUUGGAGGCACAAUGUCUGCCAACCAGAGCAUGAACCGUCGCAGCGUCUACAAUUACUUCCUCAACAUGGUGGCCUAUCAGAUAUGCUGCUGCUGUGGGCCUGCUCCCUGCUCGCUCUGCUGUGCCUUCUGUCCUCCAGUCAAAUCGUCCACUAGUACACGGAUCAUGUACACCAUCUUUCAUAUCAUGAGCUGUGCUGUGUCCUGUCUCAUGCUGUCACGCACCGUCUCUGAACUCGUAAGGGAAAAUGUGCCUUUCUUCAACGUGGUGUGUGAUCAGGCACAUGGUGGAGGUCAUUGUGAAAUGCUCGUAGGCUACUCAGCAGUCUACAGAGUCUGCUUUGGCACUUCUUGUUUCUACCUAAUGAUGGCCAUCUUCCUCGUAGAUGUGAAGUCGAGUCAGGACUUCAGAGCACUCAUACACAAUGGUUUCUGGUUCCUGAAACUCAUCACCUUGCUUGGAAUGUGUGCUGCUGCCUUCUUCAUCCCAACAGAGUCAUUCCUCCAUGCUUGGCAUUACGUUGGCGUGGUGGGAGGAUUUGCCUUCAUCCUCAUCCAACUUAUCCUCAUCACAGCUUUUGCACACACCUGGAACAAAAACUGGCUUACUGGAGCAGCAGAAAAUAAACGUUGGUAUUUGGCAGUGAUGUGCGCCACCCUUUUCUUUUACACCAUCGCCACGAUGGCCUUCACCUUCAUGUACAAAUACUACACACACCCCAUCGCUUGCCCGUUCAACAAAGCCCUGCUGUGGAUCAACUUGGGACUCUGCUGCCUCAUGUCCUUCAUUGCUGUCACACCAUGCGUAAAACAGAAACAACCUCGAUCGGGGCUCCUUCAGGCCUCCAUCAUCAGCUGUUAUGUCAUGUAUCUCACUUUUUCUGCAUUGUCUAGUCGCCCUCCUGAAAAAGUUGUGUAUCAGGGCAUGAACAUGACGGUAUGCUACCCCAGUGUGGGGCAAAAUGGCAUCCAGAAUGAGGGCAAUGCUGUGGCCAUCAUCGGUGCGGCAAUCAUGUACUGCUGUGUUCUUUUCGCAUGCAACGAAGCGUCCUACCUUGCAGAGGUGUUUGGUCCAUUUUGGAUGAUCAAAGUUUACCGUUAUGAGUUCCAGAAAGCCACCUGCUGUUUUUGCUGCCCUGAAGAGGAGGAAGUCGAGGAAGAGUUUGUUGUUGAUGAUGACCACAAGGGCUGUCAGAAGGUUAUUCAUAAUGAGACGCAGAGAGUGGCCUACAGCUACUUCUUCUUCCAUUUUGUCUUUUUCUUGGCCUCGCUCUAUGUUAUGAUGACCCUCACCAAUUGGUUCAGCUAUGAGUCGGCAGUGCUAGAGACCACCUUCACCCACGGGAGCUGGUCUACGUUUUGGGUGAAAAUGUCAUCGUGCUGGGCCUGUGUGAUCCUCUACCUCUGGCUGCUGCUGGCCCCCUUGUGCAGCUGCCAAAAUGAUUCCAGACCUCGCCGAUCCCGCAUCAAACGUCGCUCUCCAUCAUCCCGUCACGUCACGGUCAGCGUCUGAUAAACAGCGCAGCGGACGCGAGGUCGGUCACAUGAGUCCAUUCCUCUUCAGGGAUGCCCCGUCGAGGUAUCACGGGAUGGAGGUCACAUGGUUCACAGGUCAAUGACUCACAUUGCUGUGAGAUGGUUUAAUCAGUGAACCAAUAUGACUUCAUGUUAACGCCUGAUGUCAGAAGCUUAAUGAAGACUUGACUGUACAAAUUGCCAAAGUGAACAGAAGUGGUGAACUGUUACUCGAUAUGGUGAUAGAAAAUACAGUGAAUAGAUGAUAGAAUAGAAUGCACACAUUUUGUCACUUAAAGAGAAAUUUCAGAUCAUUGUAGAAAUGCAACACAGGACUUGGCCACUGUCACACUACCAGUCUUCAAUAGCAUCACAUUUUUGCUUUGAGCUAGAUAUUGGUCCAAGCUGAUGUUGGUGAUAACAUGUUAUCAUGCUUAUAUGAUGUACAAUAUGUACACCUGUUUACUUUUCUUUUUUUAAAGACAACUGGUCAUCAUGUGCUGAUGGACCGAGGGAGUUUUCUAUUACACAUCCCCGGUGUACCUGACAAUGUGGUGACAGGAACUAGACGAGAACUUAGACCAGGUCCAAGUUGUGAUUUUGGUGGAUUUUAUCCAGGUGCAGACAGAUUCUGAUUUCCGUGGGCAUGUGUCCAUUGGAUUUCAUUCCUACUGUAAAUAUGACUAUAGCGUGGGACAAUCUAUAACAGUCAUUGUAGAAAAUGAUCAUCUUAAAAAUAUUUUUGCAAGCACCCUCCUGAUCGUAUCACAACCAUGGGUGGAGGUUGUCACAUAGGCUACACAAUCGGGGGUCGAAGACCAUCUCCAAGUGCUCGCUCCGCAGCUGCCAACUUUACGUCAUCUCUGAGUGAUCUUUUUUUGCAUUUUCUUUUACAUGUAUUCUAAAAUACACUUCAAGAUUGAUCUCCUGCAUAUUGGGCAUAUUCCAUUUAUGCCCUGCGAGUGGCUGGUAACCAGUUCAGGGUGUCCCCCGCCUACUGCCUGAUGAUAGGGUCCAGCAUGCCCGCGACCCUCGUGGGGACAAGCGGUAUAGAAAACGGACGGAUGUAUAUUCCAUUCAUGAUUGUUCAAAAUUUUUUUUUUUAAACAUAUAUGAUCAUUUUGACUAAAUAAUUUGAGAAAGAAAGUUAGAUAAUACACAUUUAUUAAUCAUAUGUGUCUGUUCUGUGUGAAAAAGUAUUUCAAUAUAUUUCACAACAAGAAGCUGUAAAAAUUGCCCUGUCUUUGCUACGUUGUAAUGUUACCCUGCUUAUAUCAGAUGUCCUUUAACAAUAUAGCCUAUGGCUCCCCCGUCCGACAGGUGUGUGGUAGAAUUGCUUGUUAUUAUUAUUAGCAAAAGUCAUUUUUCAACAAAACGUGUCUGCUUUGGACAGAAUCUUACAAAGCUGAGUCAAUUGAUAUAGAUCAGGGGUGUCAAAGUCAUUUUUUUUGCGGGGCGUAUUGUAGUCAUAGCUUCUUUCGGAGGGCCAUUAUGACUGCAAACCCAAAUAAAUGUAUGAGCACCUACCUCAUCUUAUAUACAGUAAAAUCGACAAAACAAACUGACAAAUAACUUGUUUUCAAAUCAGUCGAGUAAAAACUGGUCAAAUAUAAAAAAAAAGGUUAUUAAAAUUGAAGACAAUUUGCAAUUCUAGGAAUGACACACGAAUUUGACGCACAAUUUGUCUUCGCGGGCCACAUACAAUGAUGAGGCGGGCCUUAUCUGGCCCCCGGGCCUUGACUUUGACACCUGUGAUAUAGAUGCUCAAAUCUUGUUUUUUGAUGUCCUUUAAAACUGUUUAAUUGUCACAAAACAAACUACUACUUUGAAAUAAUAAUAUUGAACAUGGGUGUUGAUAGACUCCGACACACCCGUGAUCCUCAUGAAGAUAAGCUGUAUGGACAAUGGAUGGAUGCGUUAUAACAAAUGAGUACAAAAAAAACCCUGUAAGCAUUAUUUUCAUUCACUUCAAAACAACAUCAGAGCUAAAAACAUUAUUGUCUGGCCAAAAGCCAAAGAUCUAUUUGUUUUGUAAAUAGGAUAAAGGACAAAUAGGAUUCUAAUCCUCUAGACAUCAUUUGAAGUGUUACUGAGCAAUAAGGCAGCUAAAAAGGAACACAAUGAAUAAAUAUGCAAUAAAGAAGACUCUGUUUUAAGUGUCAGUAGGAUAUUUCUUGUGUCCGCUAAAUCUCUGGUGAUCAGUUCACCCAUUAGGCUCUGGCGUCUCCGACUUAGAACACCUUAACUGAAAUUAGAAAAUGGAUGUAUGCUUUUCCUCUGAUAGCUUCAAAUGUGUUUUUGUUUACAUUGUAUUUGUGCAUUUGGUACCAUGAUGAUACAAAUUGCAAGGCAGCAGUGCUUAAUGAAAAUAUGUCCAGAAAGGAUAGAAACUUUCUGUCUCUUGCCUUCAGAAAGAGGUAUUUUAUGAUUAUUAUUAUCAAAACAAUUUAUUACUCCAUUUGAGAUUUAUUUUUCCUCAAUUCCUCUCUGUGUUUGGACAUGAUGCAGUAAGUGAAUGUAGCAGUGCACUUCAUUUUCUUAGUGAUAUCAUAUGAGAAAAAAAAAAUCCUGUGUUAAGUAUUUCCUAGCCUGGAUGGCAAAUCCUGUUGAGGUUCAUUGGUGUUACUCAUGUCACACUGCUACUGAAGGGAGCCCCAGCCUGACUGUGAUGACCCGCAAUUGAUGAACAGCAGUGGCUCAGUCUAAGUAUCUGUAGUUCAGUAGCAAGUAUCCACCAUUGUAGAGUUUACUCAUUUAAAAAAUAUAUACGUUUUUUGCAAAUCAUGCUUGCCUUCUGUCUUCUUCAUUUUUGUCGUUAAUGAAUAGCAGCCAUUAUUAGACAUUUGCAAGUUGUUUUUCAAUAAA